CGAAUCGAAUCAACAAGAUAUCAUUCGACACCAUCAUAUCGCGAUGAAUCUCGAACAUUACGCGAUACUCAUUUUAUCUUUUCUCCUUCUUGUAUAUAUUCUUCACAAAAAUCGAAAAGGCCGUCGUCUACCGCCCGGCCCCUGGCAACUUCCGCUCUUUGGCUACCUUCCAUGGAUCGACCCGGAAAAACCUCACGAAACUCUGACGAAAUUGUCAAGAGUUUACGGCCCUGUAUGCGGAUUCCGCAUGGGCUCCGUUUACACCGUUUUACUGUCAGAUCCACAACUGAUACGUCAAUCGUUUGCAAAAGAUUCCAUUACGAACAGAGCACCUUUGUACCUUACCCACGGUAUCAUGAAAGGUUACGGUAUAAUUUGCGCGGAGGGGGAACAAUGGAAGGAUCAGAGAAAAUUUAUCAGCAACUGUCUACGAAAUUUCGGUAUGGUGAAGCACGAGGGAGCGAAACGUGACAAGAUGGAGAAACGAAUAUCGGAUGCAGUUAACGAAUGCGUAUCAGUAUUAAGAAAUCGUGGUGCAAACGGCCCGAUCGAUCCGUUGGACACGCUUCACCACUGCUUGGGCAAUCUUAUCAAUAGCAUCGUGUUUGGGAAAACGUACGAGGAGGAUGAUCAAAUUUGGAAAUGGCUGAGGCAUCUACAGGAAGAGGGUGUGAAGCAAAUUGGCGUCGCUGGACCGCUCAACUUUCUACCGUUUCUCAGGUAA